AUGGCGCAGUUCACCGAUGUUUACGAUUGUGACUUUAAUGACAAGGGCACCGUCCUUGGAAAAGGCGCCUUUAGCAUUGUGCACCGAUGUGUCAACAAGGCCACCGGCGAAGUUUGCGCCGUCAAGGUCAUCAACACGGCCAAAGUCAAAAGCUCUGACAUUGCCAAGAUUGAGCGCGAAAUCGCCAUUUGCACCAUGCUCAAACAUGACCACAUUGUCCGCCUUCGCAACCAUUACAAGGACCGCACUCACUAUUAUUUGGUCUUCGAGUAUGUCUCCGGCGGCGAGCUUUUUGAUGAAAUUGUCACCCGCAGCUUCUACAACGAAAAGGACGCGCGCGAUUGCAUGUACCAAAUUCUCGUCGGCCUCCAGCACUGCCACGAACGCAACAUCAUCCAUCGCGACCUCAAGCCCGAGAACCUGUUGUUGGCCAGUCGCGAGAAGGAUGCCCCCGUCAAGAUCACGGACUUUGGCCUUGCCGUCCUGAUGGAGAAUGGCCCCUCCUAUUUUGGUUUUGCCGGAACCCCAGGCUACCUGAGCCCAGAGGUGAUCAAGCGUCAGGCCUACGAUACCCAGGUCGACGUCUUUGCUUGCGGCACCAUCCUUUACAUCCUUCUUUGCGGCUACCCCCCGUUUUGGGAUGAUAACCAACAGGCCCUUUACGAGCAGAUCAAGCGCGGCUCGUAUGACUACCCCUCCCCGGAAUGGGACACUGUCACCCCCGAAGCCAAGGACCUGAUCGACCGCAUGCUCACCACCAAUCCCACCCGCCGCAUCACCGUUGCCGAGGCUCUCAAGCAUCCCUGGCUGGCCGAUGCCAGCGUGCCCUCCACCGUUCAUCGCCAGACGACCAUCGACGAGCUGCAAAGGUUCAACGCUCGCCGCAAACUCAAGGGCAGUGUCAAGGCUGUUAUGGGCGUGGGGCGUAUGCUCUCUCUGACCGCCGCAGCUUCCAUGUUCAUGCGCAAGGGCAACCGCGGGGCCAGUGAACCUGGCGUGGUGCAGCAAGAAACCAUCACCAGCACUGACACGGCUGCAGAGAAAGAUACCCUGGCCCUGUUGACCGCUAAUCAGCGCCUUUUCAAAGCCAUCUUGUUUCGCGAUUGGUCCACUUACAAGUUCGUUUCGCCCACCACCCCCGACUGCAGUCAAAGUCGUUUCUCAUACCUCACAACCUGUACCACGCUCUUUAGAGAGCUCGUGGACGAGGACGUAACCUGCUUUGAACCCGAGGCUAAGGGCUACCUCAUCGAGGGCCUGAACUUUCACAAGUUUUACUUUGAAAACUUGCCUCGGCGCGACUCGAGCCAAGUUAACACGACCAUUAUCGACCCCAAGGUGAAACUGAUGGGUGACAGCGCCAUCACAACCUAUGUGCGCUUGACGCAAAGCAUUGACAAGGAUGGAGCGCCUCGCACCCAACGUUCGGAAGAAACCCGUGUGUGGACACGAGCCGCCGAUUCUCCGCAUGGCUGGAAGAACGUCCACUUCCAUCGCUCCGGCGAUGCCAGCGCCUAAGACAAGCCUGCCCACAUGCUUGCAACAGCGGACCAUUUCCUGCCUGUGCCACUCGGGUCGCACUGCGUUAAAUUGCGGCUGGGCAACCUGGACGUGGUAGUUCGGCUGCAUCGUGCCCCGUUUUGACCCUCUUGCCUUUCCAACAUCUAUUCCUUUUGUUCAGUCCUUGUCGUGUCACAUCAUUGUACGUUUUGCGCGUCUUUUCGACUAGACUCCAGCCGCAUCUCCAUAACUUGAGAGCUUUGCUCACGCACAUUCAUCCAAGCCGGUUUGAUUAUCUUGACCCUCAAUUGAUUUGUGAGUUGU